GUCCAGCUGCCCCCCGCAGCCGCCGGAGCCGUGCCCGUGCCCUGCAAACUGAACCCCGCGGAGGCGCUGUCCCCCAAGGUCUACGGGGGCUUCCAGCUCGUCCCUGCUACCGAUGGCCAGUUUGCUUUCCUCAUCCCGAACCCGGCCUUUCCUCCCAGCUCCGGACCGGUUAUUCCCCUGUACGCCAACGCCAACGUCCCGGUGUCCGCAGGCAGCGGCUCCGGGGACAUCGUUCCAGCGUCACAGGCGGGAAGCCCCAUCGGGGAGCGCAGUGAAUCCGUGUGGAGGCCUUGGUGA